AUGGAUCCAAUCAACGAAGCGAUUGAAGAAAUCAACUCCCUAGGACCAGGCGAAACUUUUACGUACACUGCAAUAGCAAAAAAAUAUGGUGUUGUACGCUCAACGUUGACGCGCCGGCAUAAGGGUGAAACAGCCUCAUCUGCUACCCAGCACGCCAACACACAAAAGCUCACUCCGCAACAAGAGCUAGAGCUUGUAAGCUAUAUAGAACAGCUUACAGCUCGUCGGCUACCACCUACAAGGGAGAUGGUACAAAAUUUCGCGUCAGCUAUAGCAAAGGAGCCAGUGAGCGAGAGCUGGGUUACCCGAUUUCUCACCCGCCAUGGGAUCUCUAUUACCCCCCGAUGGAGUACUGGAAUGGAUCGCGAUCGCCACCAUGCUGAUUCAGAGGAUAAAUAUCAACUAUUCUUUCAACUUCUG